AUGGCCUCUCCCGUGCCCUCGCCGCUCGAGGCGCCGGCAGAGGGUUCGAGGGACGGGCGCGAUUCGCCCCGUCGCAGGCUAGCCCUCACCACGGGUCAGCGCUUGAAGCAGAUGAACCAGCAUCAUCCCUACCGCAUCGAGCUGCUCGACCUCACGCCCGUCUCAGUGUCUGUCCUCUGGUCCACCCGACCGCCGCCGCUCAGCGCCAUUCCUUCAGGCAUCAUCAGUACCCCGCUCAGGCAGCGCUUUCAGGCUCGGACCCUGCCAAAUGGCAACAGCUCUCCAGCCCCUUCCGCUACCGCAUCGGCCGUGUCGACACUGCCUUCCGCUCCCGCUGUCAAUGUCACGGCGGCAAAGCUCCCUCACUCAAGGUAUCCCCCCCUCUCCUCCGAGACUUCAUCCAACGCCGGAAGCGCUCGCGCUUCCCCUAUCCCUGGCUCCUCGCACGACGUGCCAAUACACCGGCUGGCCGAGGGUCUUGUUGCCACUCGCAGCCUCAACCGAAAAGUCACAAAGAUUCGUCUGCGCGGCCCCUCCUCUGCCUCGCCCGCACCGGGCAGACGUGUUUCCAACGACGCCGCCACCUUUGAGCCAAAGGCAAGACCGAAUGACGACGACGGCCUAGUCUCCGACGAUGCCACGAGCGGCUUCGAUGAAGACGGCGCAUCAGGCUCAGAGGGAUCCGACUCAGGCUUUGAGGGCGAUCCGAGGGCUUCCAACAUGGUCCACGUCUUUGAGAAGCGGGUCAGCGUCACCGUCAACGGCAACGAUUGGCCCCACGUCCUCAUGGGUGAGAGAGGCAGCCACGAAGCGAUCGUCGUCAUCUUUGGUCUACAACCGGAGUCGGACUACGACAUCCAAUUCGAAGUCAAAGUCGGCCUCGAUGGAACCCUGGAGAGCUUGAGGCUGCCCAUCGCAGCCAAGGCAGAGAGAGAUCGCAACGGCGACUCAGCAUCAAGCAGCAGAGGAGUAGUCUCGGCAGUCAUCGGAGGUUCUACGGCGGCUACCGUCAGACCUGGCUCACCCUCGCCUCUCGGGAAAGCCGGGGUCAGUACGGACAACGGAUCAGGAGUGAUCAACGUCCAGAGAAAGGCGCUGUUGCAGGCCGAACUCGAGACGUCCGAGGCUCUGAAGUCAGAGAUGCUCGCCGAGCUCCGCAAGGCGCGCAAGGAGACAUCGAAAGCGGAAUCGGCUUUGCGUCAUGAGAUCGAGAGCAUCAAACGCCACAUUGACCGCAUGAGCUCGACAGACCACCGCAGCAAACAGAAGGUCCUCGCCCUGCAGGAGGCCAUCAAACAGACGUCGGCCCAUGUCAAGGAGAUUCACAACGAUGCCGAAGAGAUCGAAGGCGAACAAGACGACUGGAUCAAGCAGGAGGCAGAAGUUGUCCGGAAGCUCGAAGAACUCAGGAAGGAAGUCGAUGACGAGGACGCAGAGGUCGAAGCUCAGCUUCAGAGCGACGAAGCCGAGAUCGCGGCCGUGGAAAAGGAGCUCAAGACCGUCGAAGCCUCAGUCCGGAGCAAGAAGACGGACCGCGACAGCCUCCAGAGCGACAAAAUACCAUCGCUCGAGGCUGAGAUCGCCAAGCUACAGUCACAGAUCAAGGACCUACUCUCGAAGCCUCUCCAUGCUCGCAGGGGCGGGCAUGCAUCGGGGCGAGGCGGCGGUCGCGGAGGCAGCGGGUCAAAUCACAUGGUCCCUUCGCAAGUUCUCCCGCGAGGCAAGGGCCCUCAGGGUUUGGGCUACUCGUCAGGCUCGGGGGCUCGAGGCGGCAAGGCAUCACACGGACACAACGCCCGCGCUGCCUCCGGCCCGGCAUCGCACGGAGGCCAUUCUUCCAGCGCAUAUCCGGUUGUCGGCAAGCAUUACGUCUCGAAUGGCGUUGCACCCAAUGUCGCGCGUCCUUAUCGCUCGAGCAACAAUUUGCGCCCCGACGGUGGUGCCGGGUCGAUCUCGAUCCACUCGCCCUUCGAUCCCACAAGCACCGAACCACCUCAUCUCGCUGGCUUCUCCCAUUCGCACGCGCAGGAAGGGCAUUACGGGAGUCCUCAGGGGACUGGCUUCGGUGUGCUGGGCACUGGCGGAAUGUAUGGAGGCUCCGGGUACCGGCCAGACGCCGUUGCUGGCGCUCAUGAUUACAGCGCCGAAGCUUCGCCUGUCAGCUCCGAGCGUCGCUCCAGUCUCCCGCUGCCGCAACUGUUCGGCAAAGGCCCGACGAACUCGGUCCUCAACCCCAACAAUCCAGAGUUCGUCCCGUCGGCGUCUUCCGCCAAUGCUUCGCCGAUUAUGCUCAAGGAGACCAUCGGAGGUGCGGCACAGAGCACGAAAGCCGGACCUCCUUCCGCCUUCGCCCCGCCGAUGCUCAACUCUACCCCUCCAGGAGGAUCUUCGAUGGAGCAUUCGCCCACGUCGUCGUCCCGCUUCGCAUUUCCACUUGCCCGUCACGGUGGAGCUGGACCUCUCACCAAGCCCGUCAUGACGAGCACCGCCCCCUCGCCGAUCGGGUCGGAUCGCGUGCCGGCCUCGGUCAGUGAAGGAGCUCCUUCCAACUCCGUCAUCGGCAGCCAGCUGUUCCCACCGGGAUCCAACUCCGCCAAUUCGUUCAACCGAUCAUCGCCAUUGCUAUCGAGCGUUGUCCCGACUGCAUCGGGAUCAAGCCCUCUGCUUUACGGGUCUAGCAGCCCGCGCUUUGCUUCGGCUCCGUUCACUAAGACGGAGGAUCCGCCGACAUCUCAAGAAGGCGCAUUCGCCACCAGCAAAUUCGGACCACUUGAUUACGAUCCGAGCCUUGAGGACUUUGGUCCCGGCCUGAACCUCGGCGCGGGUUCCAUUUUCGGGCCCAGCACCAGCAGUGCCUCGGCUCCGUUGCCCUUCGGUGGAGGCGCGUAUUCGUCAAUCUUCCGGGCACCCAACGCUUGGACGUCCCCCGGCGCACCUGCGACUUCAUCGGUAGGGAGCGGUGGCUCCGCUGUAGGCUCUUCGCUCGUCAGCACUAGCUCCGCAACUGGCCCUUCGCUCUGGGCAGCCCCAUCGCCACCCUUAGGGGGUGGGCUCAGCGUGCCCGGUGCCACCAGCGAUAUCUGGUCUCCCCCCUCGCUGUCCGGUCCAACCGCGCCCUCCUCGCUGCGGACGAAACUCUCGCUCGGCGACUUUAGCCAGCAGCGUUCAAGCUUGGUCCCAAUCGGUGCCUCACACGAUAUUGGUGCCGACUUUGGCCCGGGGACCGGUAUUGGCGGCAGUAGCAGCCUGCUUUCGGACGGUCCCGGCGGUGGUGGCCUCCGCAGCGGAGGCGGGGGUCGGCUCAUGAACAUGUCUGCGCCCGUAAGCCCGACUAGCCCGCAUCGCCCGGAGCACUCGAUGGCGCAGCCAAGUUCUGGACUGGGCCACAACAACCCCGCCCACAGCACCGGCGAAAAUUUCGACGUCGAGAUCCUCGCCGAGAUUGCCAAGACCGUCACGGCAGGUCAGACGAGGAGUGAUUCAAUCGUUGCCGACGACGUUUCGACGACCGCGCGGCCCUCUUCUAACUCCCGUACCCAGGAGAACGAGGCCGAGUCACCACCGACACCUAGCUUUGCCGACGUUGCGGCUGCGGCCAAAACGCCGCCGCCGCCGCCGUCUAGCUGA